UAUUUUUUGUUCCCGUCGACUUUGACUAGCGGAACCUUGUUUUACCCGUCGUGGUUUUCACCCGAAGUCUCUUCACGUUACUCAGCUAUCUCCAUUAAACACUUCUGUGAACGAAAGUAACGGCAAUUUAAAGUGUUCUCUUCUACCUCGUCUCAUCCGGAAUGGCUGGAAACUUCUGGCAGAGUUCUCACUAUCUGCAGUGGGUGCUGGACAAGCAGGACCUCAUCAAAGAACGGCAGAAGGACUUGGGCAAGUCCCUCUCUGAAGAAGAAUACUGGAAGCUGCAGAUCUUCUUUGCCAAUGUCAUCCAGGCUUUGGGGGAACAUUUGAAACUAAGACAACAGGUUAUUGCUACGGCGACAGUCUACUUCAAACGUUUCUAUGCAAGAUAUUCAUUAAAAAGUAUAGACCCAGUUCUCAUGGCUCCGACCUGUGUUUUCUUAGCUUCUAAAGUGGAGGAAUUUGGAGUGGUUUCCAACACCAGGCUGAUAUCUGCAGCCACAUCUGUGUUAAAAACCAGAUUUUCAUAUGCCUUUCCAAAGGAGUUCCCAUACAGAAUGAAUCAUAUAUUAGAGUGUGAAUUCUACCUUCUGGAGUUGAUGGACUGCUGUCUGAUUGUGUACCAUCCUUAUAGACCACUGUUGCAGUACGUGCAGGACAUGGGACAAGAGGACAUGCUGCUGCCACUGGCCUGGCGCAUCGUUAAUGACACCUACAGGACCGACCUGUGUCUUCUCUACCCUCCCUUCAUGAUCGCUCUGGCAUGUCUGCAUGUUGCCUGUGUGGUCCAGCAGAAGGAUGCCAGGAACUGGUUUGCUGAGCUUUCUGUGGACAUGGAUAAAAUACUGGAGAUCAUCCGCGUCAUCCUCAAGCUUUACGAGCAGUGGAAGAACUUUGAUGACAGGAAGGAGAUCGCUGCCGUGCUCAACAAGAUGCCCAAACCCAAACCGCCACCAAACAGUGAAAAUGACCAGAGCUCCAACGGUAACCAAAGCAACUCUUACAGCCAAUCCUAGCGCUGAGAGCAGCACGUUUGUGACAUCACACAUUAAAUCGACCCCAUUCCUCCUCUAAGAAAGUAAAGGUGCGCUGCACUCUCUUAAUCAGACAGAUGGAUAAUGAUGGCAGGGAGGGGGGUCUGCAUUAGAUGAUCCUGGCAUCCUUGAAUAUCCGAGAGGACUCAUUUCAAACUUGAUCUCCAUUGUGUGCGUGUGUGUGUGGUGAGAAGUGGUGUAUUCCUCAGGAACUGCAGUAGUCAUGUCCACUUACAAUAACAAUGUGAUGCUGUGCUCUGUCAAGACAUGAAUUGACUUUUUUUAACACCCCUCUUUUGUAAAUAUAUUCAUUUCUUUAAAUUCUA